ACCGGAUUCACUUGUGACUACAAGACUUGUGACACUCUUUGUGAAAGUACAUGUUUAGGAGUUUUCUACUUGUGUUUGUGUGUCAUUGUAUUGUCUGUAAUGUGGGGCGACAGGUGACCAGCACAAGGUGGCAUCCAUGGUAACAUCCAUCCGUUACCAUGGGGAGCGUCACAGAGAGGAACACCUGAAGGUCUGGAAGGCUGUGUGAAGCUUGGCCCACAUGUCUCACCUGUCCAUCAGCCUUCUGCCCCUCCUGCUGCUGACGUCCCUCUGUCAGGGUCAGUAUGAUGAGUGCCGCUUUUCAGGAGGGACCGCUGGAGCGAGGCUGCAACAGGCACCAGAAGGGGACUUCUUUGCCUGCCAGCCGCCCCCAUCCAACAUGAAAGAAGUGAUGCAGAUUAGAGUGGACCCUCCUGGCAUCACCUGUGGAAAUCCACCAGAACGAUUCUGCACCCUGGAGAAUCCAUACCUCUGCAGCGACGAGUGUGAUGCAGCGAGUCCAGAUCUGUCUCACCCUCCUCAGCUGAUGGGCGACAGGGAACGAGGGGGGCUCAUCACCUACUGGCAGACAGUCACCUGGUCCAGAUAUCCAGAGCCUCUACUGGCUAACAUCACACUGUCAUGGAACAAAAGUCUUGAGGUUGUGGACGACAUUGUGGUGACUUUUGAGUAUGGCCGCCCGACAAGCAUGGUUUUGGAGAAGUCUGUGGACAAAGGACUAAGUUGGCAACCAUUCCAGUUCUAUGCUGACGACUGCAUGGAGAGUUUUGGAAUGACACCUAAGAAAGUGUCUGACCUGGCACCGAGUAACUUGACACGGGUCAUCUGCACUGAGCAGUACUCGAAGUGGGUCGGGGCCAAGGAAGAGAAGAAUGUGGUGCUGGAAGUCCGCGCACGCCUCCAGGUGUUCGCAGGUCCCAAACUCAUAAACAUGGACGCAGUCUACACUCGCAUGGAGACCAUGAAGGGUCUGAGAGACUUCUUCACCUUUACCAACCUCAGACUGCGGCUGCUACGACCCGCCCUUGGGGGAACGUAUGUCCAGAGGGACAACCUGCUCAAAUACUUCUACGCCAUUUCCAACAUCGACAUUCCCGCCAGGUGUAAAUGUAACCUUCAUGCAGCUCAGUGCAAGUUAAGAGAAGCAACACUCUUUUGUGAGUGCGAUCACAACACAACAGGACAGGACUGUGAACUCUGCAUCUCAUCAUCCAGCAUCUGGCGGGCUGGGUCCUACCUGCCAUUUCCACGAGGCUCCGCCUAUAUCUGUGAUGCAGCGGAGGAAACUGGAACAGAACCCGAAGAACCUGUUGGAUCUGUGACUGCUGCCAACAGUACUUCUAAUACUGCUACUGACAGUACUACUUACAGGCCUGACCUUAUUGCUGACAGAACUGCACCAACUGACACUACUAACAUUCCAACUGAAAGUACAACUGCCGUUACUAGUGCAACUGAGACAAGUACUACAACUGAUGUUUCUCAAAAUACCAUUGCUAUUGAUAAAUCUAUUGGUAGUACUACUGAUGGUCCUGAUGCUAGCACAGAUAUACUUGAUACUCGUGAAGCUACUCCCGCUUAUAGUACCAUUAGUCUUUCUACUGACAGUCGACCUGAUACUGCUGGUGGUACUGUUAACUCGCCUACUGUUUCUGCCUUUGGUACUGUGCAAUUUGAUAGUACUGUUGAACUCACUACUACUGUCGGAUUUGAUAGUACCAGUCAAUCCACUAAUACUGUCGGGUUUUACAGUAUUCCUGAAUCCACUACUACUGUCGGAAUUGAUAGUGCUCCUGAAUUCACUACUACUGUCGGAAUUGAUAGUAUUCCUGAGCCCAUUGCUACUGAAAGAUUUGAUAGUACUACUGAACCCACUACUACUGUUGGAAUUGAUAGUGCUCCUGAAUCCACUACUACUGUCGGAAUUGAUAGUAUUCCUGAGCCCAUUGCUACUGAAAGAUUUGAUAGUGCUACUGAACCCACUACUACUGUUGGAAUUGAUACUACUCCUGAGUCCAUUGCUACUGACAGAUUUGAUAGUACUCCUCAGUCCACUACACCUGAUAGACUAGAAAGUAUUCCAGAAUCCACUACUGCUGACAUGCCCGAUAGUAAUGAUAAGGUAACCGGUACAGAUAUUAUUUAUAAUGACUAUGGAUUCAGUGCUAUUACUCUAGGAACAACUCCCAGUUUUGAUGAAACCACCAUUAAUAUAGGUCCGAGUACAUCUACUACUGAGUACACUUCUGACGCUGGUGCUGACCCAGUCGCUAAUUUAGUUACUGCUGACAGUAAUAUUGACAAUACUACUGCAGUUGCCACGAAUGAGGCUGCAAUACCCACUUUGGACUUCAGUAGAACGACAGAAAACUCCGACACAACUACAGCCUGCAGUUCCACCAGAACUUGUGACUCUCAAGUGUCUGUUUCUGACCCAGUGACGUCUCCUUCAGACCCCGCCUCCUCACAAGGCGUCACAGACCGUCCUCAGUCCGGGACCUUCAGCAGAACCAGUAGUCCUUUGGAAACAACUAUCAUUUCUACAGCCUCUUCUCUGCUAACAGAGUCAGUCUCGACCAGUCAGCCUGAAGAUAAUCUUCCCACUGAGUCACCAGCUGCAAAUCAACCUGCUGAAAUGUGGCUUCCCAAGUCAGAACUUGACAGUCAACCUGAAGAUACUAAACCCAUGGUUAUUGCCCCUGAUGCCACGUCAUCCCUACCUCCGAGUGGACCAAGUGUUGAACUUCAAGGGACGCCGCCUGCUGCAUCUUCUCCUGACUUUACAACUCUUGGAUCUCCCACACUGAUAGCAGCUCCUGACCCUGCUGAUGUUGAAGAGGCCCAGUCUACAGUGACGUUACCUGAUGGAAUCCCCCCAUCGUCUGCAGAAUCUCCGGGUGAUCUUUCCGAAAGAAGCAACGAUUUAGCUGAGACCACCAACGGAUAUGCGCCGUCAGAUGUGACCACCGUUCGUUCAAAACCUCCUUCACUUGAGGUCUCACUGAGCUCUGAACCAGGUCUGGGAGAAGAUCUAGUUUCAAAUCCAGAACCUAACAAUGACCCUGCAAAGCCACUGGAGGAGUCCAAUCCUUUGUCAGGUGGCGAUGCAUCCAGUUCUAUGGAUGAAUUUCUGCCGUCUGCCUCCUCAUCAAGUGAGCCAGGGCCAGCACCUGCCGAAUCCGACUGCACAAACUGUGGUCCUACUAAACAGCCCCUCCCUGACUUGGACAACACAAGGACUGACGACCAGCGACAAGACAUCUCUGCUGUACAGGAAACAGCAGAGGAGCCAGAAAAUAAAAUAAAAGACAAACCAGAGACAAGAGACGGACAAAAGGAGCCGCUGGAAAGCACAGACAGAGAGAAGCAGCCCAUGGACACAAAAGAUAAGACUUCCGAGAAGGAAACGGACAAGGAGGUCAAAGCCGAACAGGAAGAAGAAAAGGGUUAUGAGAGAAAAGGAACGCAAAAGAUUUUGAUUCCUGGUGGACCGAAAUUCAGUCAACUGUCCAAAUUAGCCUAUGUGACCUUUGAGGAUUGCGAAUGUAAUGGCCACUCCAACCGCUGCAGCUACAUCGACUUCCUGAACGUUGUCACGUGUGUUAGCUGUAAACACAACACGCGCGGACGCCAGUGUCAGUUCUGCCGCCUCGGUUACUACAGAAACACUGCGGUGACCUUGGACGAUGAGCAAGUGUGUGUUGAAUGUGGGUGCCACACGGUCGGGAGUUUGUCUCCUCACUGCUCGGAUGUCGGCAUGUGUUUGUGCAAAGAGGGAGCCACAGGGAGGCGCUGUGAUUCCUGUCUCCCUGGAUACACCUGGAGAGGACUUGUUGGCUGCACAGAAAAUGUUUGUGACGAGCAGCGAGUUUGCCAGAACGGAGGAACUUGUGUAGACUUCCAAAGCUGCACAUGUGCAGAAGGUUUCACAGGCGUGUUCUGUGAUCAGACUGUAUGUCUGAAGAAAGGCGGGUGCCUUGAGAGCCGUGCGGGCCCCUCAUCCGCUCUGAGCGUGCACUUGCUGAGCUUUUGCCUGCUGCUUCACCUGACCCUGCCUGAAGCUGCUGGUGCUUUUUUGUAAAU